UAUAAAUGUUGACAACCCAGUGUUUAAAAACUGCAGUGUUUACCUCAAAGUUUUUCGAUUCAACUUCGUAAAUUUGCAUACCUUCACACACCCUGCUCAUGCAGACGUUCUCUCUAUGUCCCUUUACGCCAUGAAAACCAAGCAAGAAUGAAACACAAACAGCAAAUAUUUUACGCCCAUUCUGAACUUAACAUGGCAAAAGAGCUAAAAAACAAAGACAGAAAAGAAAUAGCCAAAAGCAGAGUUUAUGUGUUUUGGAUAGUGCUAUGAAGGGAGUUUGGGAUGUUAUGCUUUCAAAGCUAGAUUACUAUUGCUAGCUUCUCAAAAAUUACCUUUAACAACAUUCUUGCCGUUUUCAGAUCUAAAUAAAUAAACACACUUUUUAAAUUUUAAACAUUAAAACUGUUGAAUCUCUUCACUUAUGGCUGUCCAUUAGCAUCCAUAGUGAUAAACCUAAAAAAACUUCCUAUACUGAAUUCAAACGUGUAGAGCAACUGGGAAAAACAAGGCUCCACCUAUCACAAUGUCUAUAUAAAAAACAGCACAGACAACAGAGGGCUUUUAAUUUUUGCACAUCAAACUUUCCAGUUAAUAAGUUUAGCAUUUCAUAUUGUUUUCACCUAAUUUAAUGACCAUGCUGAACUUAACUGAAAGCAACAAUCUGACCAACACUUUGUUGUAUCAUUUAAAACCAUUAAAUGAAAAGCCUUUGCUGGUGCAAGUUUUGGUUGGAUUACUUCUCUAUGUAAAUGGACUGAUGAUCUUCACAUUCCUGAAGAAAGAAGCCUUCUUGGAAGAAACACGCUACAUUUUAUUUGCUCAGACGCUUUUUGUUGACUCUUUUACUAUGUUGUUAACUUAUUUAACCUUGAUGGGAUAUUUUUAUCAAUAUCCAGUUCACAUUAUUCCAUGUUGUAUCAUCUGUACAGUUAUAUCUGUGUUUAAUUUUUGUACUCCUGUGACUCUUGUAACGAUGUGUUUGGAGCGCUAUGUGGCUAUAUGUAUGCCUUUAAGACACUCCAGCAUUUCAACACCCAAAAACACUUUAAUUGUGCUUCUUGUGAUAUGGGCUGUCAGUUUUGUUUUACCGCUGUUUGUACUUAUAGUGUUUCUGGUCUAUGAUUCAUCUGUUGGCCUGCAAUCAUAUGUUGUCUGUAGCCUGGAGGUCAUGUUACAGUUAAAUUGGCUGGCAGACACGAUGGCUGCAGGUCAACAGAUAUUAUUUAUCAUAAUGUUUUGUACUGUUGUCUCAGCUUACAUUAAAAUUCUGACUGCUGCCCGAUCAGCCACAUCUGAAAACAAAAAGUCAUCUAAGGGUCUCAGAACUGUAAUUCUCCAUGGUAUUCAGCUGUUUCUAUGUAUGCUGCAGUUUAUAACUCCUUAUAUAGAAAUGCCUUUAUGGAAACUAGAUGUUAUGGUGUUUUGGAAUGUAAGAUACGCAGAUUAUAUUCUGUUUGUGAUCUCACCUUGUUGUCUGAGUCCAUUAAUUUAUGGAUUAAGAGACAAAAAGUUUUGUAAUGCUCUGAAACAUUAUGCCUUUUGUGGCUUUGCCGUGGUUAAUCGGCACAAAAUACGGAAUGUUAAAACAAUCCCAUUAGAGGUGAAUUAAUAAAGGAUAAAUUUGUAAUGUACUGCGUACGUAAAAUAACAUGAAUGCUUAAAACUGAUGUUAAAUAAAAACAAUGUACUUUAUUUUAAGUACUUUAAGGACUUGGAUUUAACUUGCAGCGCAUAAACACUUUGCUUUGUAUAGCAAAAAUAUUUAAUGUUUAUCCAUGAUCUUGUAUUUCUUUAAAACAAUGUAACUUUUUUAGUGAAAUAGUUAUGCAAGUUUUGUUUAUGGGGGAAAAAUAAUUAUCUAACAAGUACAGUAACAUAAAAUCAAAUGUACUCAAGUGUAAUGUCAUCAAGCAAACACAAACAGGUCUGAUUGUAUACUGAUACAAAAACAUUAAUGUGCAACUGUAAUGCUAUGACAUUACUUUCUUAGACAGCACAACAACAGUUUAAGUCUUACUGCUUUGUAAAUGUACUAUGACUUUCAUUUAAUCAAAAAAUAACUUUUAUAGACAGUCUGUAGUGUAUUUUAUGCAGUUUUGGCCCGACGUGCAAGCUAAGUGUACCCAUUAAGCCCAUCCUUUAAGCUCCCUUUCGACUUCGGGCUUUUUCAUUGCAUAGUAUCCCACAGUUUGGGUCGGGUCAGCUUACUUUCCACUGGGUACAGUAUGUAUUACCUGAUAUAUUUUUAGUACCACCUUGGUUGGGGUUCUGUGCGAGCUGAGCUGAUACUAAAACACAGGGGCGUAGCACAAAGUCUCAGGCCCUAUUCAUAGGCAGUUCUGAUGGGCCCCCCAUUUUUCUAUUUUAGUUUCCUAAUCACUACAUAAACAAAUUGUAUGAUAACCAAACAAUACUUGAUUCAGUCAUAUUUUAUUUUGCUAUAUUUUUACAUUACUUAGAACAUUUAUUUUUAUUAUGCUUUAUUACUUAGAUAAAUUAAAUUUUAAAUAUGCCAUUUUAGUUUUGUACAUUAACAAAAAGCUCCAUUCAUAAUAAACGCCAAACAAAACUUUACUGUCACUAGUCAUUUUUAUCUACAGAAAAAAGGCAAAAUGAAACAAAUGCUAUUGCUUACAUUAUAUAGCUUCCUCAAAUGUAAAGCUUAUACUGAAGUUUAUUCCCCAGUAAAUGCCCACUGGCGUUUAUAAUAUAA